AUAUUUUAUUCAGCCACAUCGAGCACAUAUAUUUUGUUAAUAAUUUUCGUAAAUUUUAAAUAUAUAUUUUUAUAAAAAAUGCAGUCUUCAUUACUAGCUUGCUUGCGACAUGGAAAAUUUUUUUCCAAUCCUCUUACUUCGGGCUUAGCUGCUUCAUCAUCAAAGUUUGGAUGCUACCGCAGUAUAUCGACUUCAAGUCCAAUGCAAAAGGAAAGCAAAUCAAUAAAGAGAGGAUUUGAACAAAACAUUGUUUUAGUCGAUGGAGUUCGCACGCCUUUCUUACAUUCUUUCAGCGACUAUUCAAAGUUAAUGCCACAUCAGUUGGCACGAUAUGCUUUGGUAAACCUGCUGAAUAAAACUAAUAUUGAUAAAGAUCUAAUAGAUUACAUCGUUUAUGGCACAGUCAUACAGGAGGUGAAAACUUCGAAUAUUGCACGCGAAGCAGCAUUAUCUGCUGGGUUCAGCGAUAAGACCCCUGCCCAUACAGUAACAAUGGCCUGUAUUAGUUCGAAUGUGGCUAUAACGACAGGCAUUGGGCUCUUAGCGACAAAUACAUAUGACGUCAUUGUUGCUGGCGGUGUAGAAUUUAUGUCUGACGUUCCUAUUCGCCAUUCUCGUAAAAUGCGUAGCCUUUUACUGAAAGCCAAUAGAGCCAAAACACCAGCACAAAAAUUAGCUUUAAUUGCUACAUUGCGCCCAAAUUUCUUUGUUCCAGAAUUGCCGGCAGUUGCUGAAUUUUCCUCUGGUGAAACUAUGGGUCACUCUGCUGAUCGUUUGGCUGCAGCAUUUAAAGUUUCGCGUAAAGAGCAAGAUGAAUAUGCGCUACGGUCACACACACUGGCUAAGGAGGCCCAGGAAAAAGGUUACUUCACUGAUUUGGUGCCAGUUAAAGUGCCUGGAAGCACUAAAUUUGUGGAGCAAGAUAACGGUAUUCGUGUUUCCACACCAGAAAAAUUAGGUAAACUAAACCCUGCAUUCGUUAAACCGCAUGGAACUAUUACGGCUGCUAAUGCUUCAUUCCUGACUGAUGGCGCCUCUGCUUGCGUACUCAUGAAGGAAGAGACAGCUAAGAAGCUUGGACUCAAACCAAAAGCAUACUUGCGAGACUUCCUCUAUGUGUCCCAAGAUCCAGUUGACCAAUUACUAUUAAGUCCAGCAUAUGGUAUACCAAAACUCUUAAAAAAGACCGGUCUUACUCUAAACGAUAUUGAUACAUGGGAAAUACAUGAAGCCUUUGCCGGACAAAUUAUUGCGAAUCUUAAAGCUCUCGACUCAGAUUGGUUCUGUAAAAAUUACAUGGGUCUAAGCGAAAAAGUCGGUGCACCAGAUAUGAGUAAAUGGAAUAAAUGGGGUGGUUCAUUAUCGAUUGGCCAUCCAUUUGCGGCAACCGGUGUACGUCUCUGCAUGCACACAGCAAAUCGUUUGGUGCGUGAAGAUGGACAAUUGGGUGUGGUGGCAGCUUGCGCCGCUGGUGGCCAAGGUGUUGCAAUGUUGCUGGAAAGAUAUCCCGGUGCAACAGCAGAAUAAUUCAGCAUUUAUUAAUAUUAACAUACAUCAAUAUGUGCGAACACUUCCAUAUAAAGAUAUAUUGCCUUCAGUAACUAAACUUUAGUAUGUAGGUAGCAAAGUGUUAAAUCAGUUAUUUUGAAAUAAUGUAACGAACAGUUUUGAUAGAAUUUAAAAAUUGGAAAUUUCGAAACUAUAUAACGAAUAAUUUUGUUAGAAUUUAAGAUUUGGAUUUUUUUUUAUAGAAAAUAAAUGAAAACAACAUAAAUGUAUUCAAGAACUUUUAUUGUAUGUUUUAAGAAUUGAGCAAACAAAAGUGUAUUUUGUUUUUAAGCGUAUAAAAUUAAUAACACCCAAACAUGUUUGUUUAUCAUAUUAUGCAUUUCGUUUAUUUUUCUUAUAAUACAUUUGGAAUCAGCUGAAACUCGCAAUAUUAUAUAAUUAUGUUAUUUAAUUAAUGCACUAACUAUUGUGCUUUAAACUUUUGAAAACUGCCUUUAAUGUGUAGAAAAAAAUUGCAAAAUUAAAAAGAUUGCGAAAAAAGUGAGAUUAACUGAAAAACAACUAAUAAAGUUUAAUUUACAAAAAAAAAAAAAAAAAAAAA